UGAGCUUUAUGUACCAAAAAAAAAAAAAAGAGAGAGAGAGAGAGAGAUCUACUGUGUUCUGUUCUAAGAAAGUUUCUCUUUUCUCUCCUUCUAGAAUCACUUUCAAUCAUAAUUCCAAUUGGAUUUAUGACUUUAGAUAAAACCAACAGCUUUUUAAAUUGCUUGAAUGAGACCCUAUAUUACUAAUCAGUCAUUAAUUAAAAAUAUUAACAAGUAAUUUUGUCAGAAAAAAAGGUAACCAUGGUAUACUUACCAUAUAUGUACAUCAGAUUAUUUUAGUAAAUCGGGUCGUUUUUGAUUGGUGCUGGCUCAUAACCAAGUAGUUGCCCCACGUGGAGAGUGUGUGAGAGAGUCAAAGAGAGAGAGAGGAACAGUAAACCGUGUGUGUGUGUGUGUGUGUGUGCGCGUGCGCGCGCUGGGCAGCGGACAUCCCUCCCUCACGCCUCGACGCCUACUGGCUGAUCACCACGCGAUAGAGUGCGCGAGGAUGAGAGAUGGACAGCGCGAGACAGGAGCGACAGCAAUAACAGGAAACUCGGUGGCGCUUUUAACGCUGAUGCUGCCGGUGACCAGCGGACACCUCGACGAGACCGAAAUAUAACACGACAGGACUGCGACCGACCGGGGGAUGCUUUCUGACUGACUGUUUUAUCCUGAAACUAGAUCAGAACGGAAAAGGGGACUAUGGAUUCCCCUUCGGAUCGAUUUCAUCAGCAGCCUUCCCAGAUGUGUCCCUUCGAACUGUAUCGCAGCCUGCCAGAUUCCAACCCCUCAAGCCACCGAUUUUCCCCCGGCGGCCUGUCUUCCCACCCGCUCUUCUCCCCUCUCAUGCACCCCAACAGCGCGUCCCAAAGGUGGAGUAGUUUCCGACAGCGCCAGGGCUUGUUCCCUGGGCUUCUGGUAGAUGAUGAUGUAAGUGAGGAGGAUGUGUUUGGGAAGAGAGAGUUUGCCGUUGGAGCUACGGCAUCUUCGCAGCGCUGUCCUGGAGAACGGGGACAAGGUUCGGCUCCCGAGCCUGGCGACUGGGGGCAGGAUUUUGCAAGAGUUAAGAGACUCAGGAUGGACACGGCAGCUAGAAGCGAAGAAGAAGCGAGGAGAGAAGGGAAGAGGGGGAGGAAGGGUACCGCUUCAGUUAGAAUGGACGAGAGGAAGGCAGCAGAACAAGGGAACAGGAAGGAAAGCAGGGAAGGUAGGAAGCGACAGCGGCAAGAACUGAAGCUCCAGCUGGAGGAAACCAGAGGGAAACUUCUGGAACUCCAACGCAAGGUGUGGAAAGUGUACGGAGGGCAGGCGGAUGAUGAGAAAGGAGGAGAGGAAGAUCAAGAGAACGGGGCGAUCAAUCUCGAUGAGGUUGCGGAGAUGUUUUCCGACAGCGACGAUCCGCUCAUCGGCAGUGGAUUUUCUCCCCCGCGCUGUUCGUCUAAGAAACCCAAUGAAACCAAUGGGAAUGCCGGGAUGUUUCCAGAGACCUCCAUGGACCUGGAUUUGGAGUUAAAUGGCGAUCAGGUGUGGUUGGGAUGCAGCUUGGUCAGAGGUGAGUGGGAGAGCGCCGAAGGAGGGCAGAAGUUUGCUCAAGCUCUAAAACAAGAGCUGGCAAAUGUUGUGGCUCAAGUCAUCGACAGAGUUGUCCGCCUCUAUGCCGAAACCGACCCCUCUGCAGUCACAUCCACCGCCGUUCCUCAAGAAACCAGCAUGACGUUGGAUCUAAACCCAGACCGGAGGCCGAGAACUCGUGCGGCAGAGCAGGUGGAAGCGUUGCCACUUGUCACAAAGAGUCCUCAAGACAAGAGGGCCCCUAUUGCUCAGAGUGUACACAAAGACCUCCUCCUGCCUCAAGCCAAUCCCAGCCUCGCUCCGCUACCCCAGCCUCCUCUACCGGCUCUUUUACCCCCUAGGAGCAAAGAGCACUUCCUGCCCUCCUAUCCCCCAGACAACCCCGUUCCCCUGCCCCUUCUUCACUACACCAUGCAGAAUUUCUUUACCCGCUCCCUCUCCAGUUUGCCUCUUCAUAAGGACUGCCUGUCUGAGUCUUUCAUGGACUUCCGUUCACACAACUCUGCGUUCCCACCACUCCCGUUGCUGGGCCAGCUAGACCCCUCUUCGUCGGAUAGAGCGAGGGAAGUAGGGAUGAGAGGAGGUGGAGCAGGAGUGGUGGAUGGAGGAGAUGCAGCACUCUAUCUUGCUGCUGGGUCAUCUCAGGAAGGUCUCUCUCCAUGCCAUCUGAAGAAAGCCAAACUCUUGUUCUUCUACACGCGCUACCCCAGCUCCAGCACACUCAAGACAUAUUUCCCUGAUGUCAAAUUCAAUCGCUGUGUCACUUCCCAGCUGAUUAAGUGGUUCAGUAACUUCCGGGAGUUCUUCUAUAUCCAGAUGGAGCGCUUUGCCCGUCAGGCAGCCAGAGAGGGGCUUGCAUCUGCCAGGGAAAGAGCACUCCGCCUGGGCAGAGACACUGAGCUCUACCGCAUUCUCAACAUGCACUACAAUAAGAGCAAUGAUUACCAGGUUCCAGAGAGGUUUGUGGAGGUAUCUGAGGUGGCCCUGAGGGAGUUUUUCUCUGCCAUACAGAAUGGUCGGGAUGCUGAUCCGUGCUGGAAGAAGGCCAUCUACAAGAUCAUCUGUAAAUUAGACAGCCCGGUGCCUGACAGCUUCCGUCUGCCUGGCUGCCCCACGGACUCUUACCGGAUGGGUUAAAUAGAGUUUAUCCCACAAACACAUGCACAGCCUCGUAAAAACACUGUGCAUGGAUUGAUAUCAUAAGUGUGCACAGAACAGUUAACAAUUUGAAUUAAUGGCAAAGAACUAAGAAAAUACAAAACUGUGCUGUAAAGAUUGAGAACACUGAAUAAGUGGUUUAUUAUCAUCAUCAUGAUGCUCUAAAGUAUUACUUGUUUAAACAUUAUCUGACUGAUGAUUCUACUUUAGUCCAGCAUUAUUCUAGUAGGCACUGAAAAGCAUUCUGAUUAAAUGAAAAAAAAAAUUCUCAUUUUAUUUGCUGUUACAUUAAUGCUUAUUAAUUUAUCUGAAAAUGCAGGCCUGGUUGGCUUAUGAUUUUUUAUAUUACUUGUUACUUGUUAUAUAAUGUUGCCGAGUUUCUGUGAACCUGUGUUGUCGUGUAAUAAAAUAAGUCAAACACUC